AUGACCACGUACGAAAAGAUAGUCAAGGGGGCCACGAAGAUCAAGCUGGCGCCCCCAAAGCCCAAGUACAUUGAGCCCAUACUGAUGGCUACGGCAGGCGGCGAGAAGUCGGAGAAGUUCCGGGUCAUCAUGCGGUCUUUAGCCGUUCGCUUAGACGACACAGCCUGGUCCAUUGUGUACAAGGCGCUGAUCGUGGCCCACAUCAUGAUACGUGAGGGCGAGGAGGACGUGACGAUCUCGUAUCUUGCCAAAAAUCCGCAUAUGCUUGAGUGUCGCAACAUCGCUAAGUCCGGCACCUUCAUCUCCAACGGCGGUGACCUGAAAACGCUCAAGAACUACUCAAAGUACCUUACCACCCGCGCCAAGGAGUACGCGAACGUGAAACACGACUAUAUCCGGGAAAUGAAAAAGCCCGUGAGCUCUUGGUCGACAAAGGACACUGGCUCCCGUCUGCGGUCGCUGAGCGUCGAUAAGGGGCUUCUUCGAGAGGUCGAGAGCGUCCAGAAACAGGUGGAUGCACUAGUACGCUGCCGGUUCGCGGAAGCCGAGGUCAACAACGAUGUUAUCAUUCUCAGCUUCAGAAUGCUCGUCAACGACCUGCUGUCGUUGUACCAGGCCCUGAACGAGGGUGUGGUUAACAUUUUAGAACACUUUUUCGAACUCAGCAAGUAUGACGCCGAGCGAGCCUUCGAGAUCUACAAACAUUUCACCAAAGAAACCGACCAGGUGGUGGCCUUCCUGCGGGUCGCCAAACACCUGGAGCACGUGACCAAGUUGCACGUGCCGGUGAUCAGGCACGCGCAAACGGGGCUCACCGACUCGUUGGACGAGUAUCUGCACGAUCCAAACUUCGACAUCAAUCGAAGACAGUAUUUGGCGGAAAAAGAGAGCAAGAAAAGCGGAAAACGCCAGGAACCCAAGGAGCAGCAGCAAACCGUGCCUCCGCCUCAGGCUGCAACGCAGUCGUCGCCCACCGAUGGCCUGGUGUUCCAGCAGACGGGAUAUAAUCCGUUUGCCGGAUUUUCUCAGAUGGCGACAGGCUUUAGCAAUCAGCCUGUCAAUGGCAACUUCUCCGGACAGCCGCAGUUUGUUCCACAGCAGAAUUUCCAGACGACACUGCCACUGCAACAAAUCCCAGAGUCGCAGCCUGUACAACAAAUCCACAUGUCGCAGACGCAGCCGCUCCAGCAAACGCCAACGUUCCAGCAUUUCCAGCCGCAGCAGACAGCCACUUUGCAACGGAGCUCAACUUUCGAUGCGCUCCCGCCUCCUACAGAGCAAAAUGUCUAUCCACAGCUGACGUCAUCGUUCACCGGAACAGGUUUUGGUGGCUACAGUCCGCAGCCACCAAUCCAGAGGCAGACAACGUCGUCCCUCAGAGGAAACCUCAAGAGACAGUCGACCAAUCCGUUUGCUCUUGAUCGGUCCAGUUCUAGCAACAAUCCAUUCGCCAAGCUGGAGGCCACUGACACUGGCACGAAUCCCUUCAGAUCGGCGUCUGUGAGUGCUCAGCCGCUGCAAAGCCAGCCAACGGCAGGCGGACUGGAGAAUUUGCCAACCGUGCCUGUGUUCCCAGAAACCAAGCAGGAGUUCAGCCAGCAGCAGGCACAUCAACAGGCAGUGUUUCAGCUACAACAGGCCGCUGCACAGCACAAAGCCCAGAUGGCAGGAAUGAAUCAGCAGCAAACGGGUUACAACCCAUUUGCACAAAACCAAACGGGCUACAAUCCAUUUGGCAGCGGAGUCUACAACGGUCCGAAUUUAAUAUAA